AUGUGUGGGCGAUACGCUUUAGGCGUGCGCUUGGCGUACAUCCAACAACGCCUGCAAGAGCAAGGCAUGCAAGUGGAUGAGGCACCAGACGACGAUGAAGUCAGAGAGACAUACAACUUUGCACCGGGCAACUUCGGCGUUGUCUAUCGCGCUGAGAUCACCGACAAAGGGAACUACAAUGCUCAGCAAGAUGCUGAUAGUGAGCACCAAAGCCAAGAUUUAGAAAAGGGAAAAGAUGACGCGAGCUCGGAUGUGAAGCCAGUAGACAACACGGUUAUCAAACAUAAACUCCAGAGCAUGAAAUGGGGUCUCAUCCCAUUCUGGACGAAGCGCCAGCCGGAUUACGGAUCCAUGAUGCGCACGAUCAACUGUCGUGAUGACUCGUUGAUUGAAGAUAAGGGAAUGUGGACUAGCAUGAAACGACGAAAGAGGUGCAUUGUCAUCUGUCAGGGCUUUUACGAGUGGCUGAAGAAGGGGCCUGGGGGCAAAGAAAAGGUUCCACAUUUUAUCCGGCGCAAAGACGGGGAGCUGAUGUGCUUCGCUGGAUUAUGGGACUAUGUUUCCUAUGAGGGUUCUGACGAAAAGCUCUACACGUACACGGUGAUCACGACCUCUUCUAAUCCCUACCUAAAAUUCCUGCAUGAACGUAUGCCGGUCAUUCUGGACUCCGGGACUGAGGCGAUGAAUAAAUGGCUGGACCCCCGCCAAAAGACCUGGUCAAAGGAACUCCAAUCAAUUCUCAAGCCCUAUGACGGCGAACUGGAGUGCUAUCCUGUCGCCAAGGAGGUUGGGAAAGUCGGAAAUAAUUCCCCGAACUUUAUUAUCCCUGUCGACAGCAAGGAAAACAAGAGCAACAUCGCAAACUUCUUUGCCAAUAAGAAAACGGAGACCGUGUCGCCGAAAGUGAAGAUGGUUAAAGACGACGACCGCCCUACCAAGGAUUCGGAAUGGAGCGAGGACAAUGCCCCAAAACCGGUGCCAGCUGUCAAGAGGGAGCAUAGUCCAGAAGCUCCCGGUGCCGCAGAGGAAAGUAAGAAGCAAAAGGUCAAUACAGAUACAACGGGGCUAUCGCCGCAAACGAAGAAGUUGCGCAGUGCUACGCAUAAUAGCCCUAUGAAGAAGUCCAGUGGGACGAAGGCAGCAGAUGGAUCGCAGCGAAUUACGAGUUUCUUCAAGAAGUAA